AUGGAGUCGGAUCAGUGUUCCGACCAAGACGUUAAUACUAUUUUGCAUUACGGCACCGGCGGUGGUGGUAGUUUGGAUGUGAAACCCAUGAGAAUGGUGGUUAGUCCUAGUUCCGGUCCCCGUCACACCAUUGACAAUAUAUUAGGAUUAGUGAGGAAGUCGGAACAGGAGAGUGAUUCGGAAACGAUCAGGGCGCACUCGCCGGGUAUUAUGGAGGGCAUCGGUGGUGGCGGAAGUUGCAAUUCGAACGACGGAAUGUCGGAAUCCCGAUACGGCGGGAAAGUGCGAUCCGGAGGAAGCGGAUCCGAAGAUGAAGGCGGAACGAAUGCCGGCUCGGGCCUCGGAGAUGGUGCCGACGGAUGUAAGAAAAAACACCGAAGAAAUAGAACGACGUUCACCACUUAUCAACUCCACGAACUUGAGCGGGCGUUCGAAAAGAGCCAUUAUCCUGACGUAUACAGUCGCGAAGAAUUGGCCAUGAAGGUUAACUUGCCGGAAGUCAGAGUGCAGGUGUGGUUCCAAAAUCGACGAGCAAAAUGGCGUCGGCAGGAGAAAAUGGAGGCUGCUCGCUUAGGUCUGAGCGAUUACCAUGCGGCAGCAGCCACACUUUCUCGGGCGGCGGGCACCAGUCUAGCGAUUCCCAUGGACCCGUGGCUAUCACCGCCACUGCUCUCGGCUUUGCCCGGUUUCCUUAGUCACCCGCAGACGGGAUACCCCAGCUACUUAACGUCGCCGGUGCCGAAUGAACAACCAACGCUCAGAGCACCCCCUCUGGCGCAUUCUCAUUCUCCUCCAAGCUCAGCGUCCCCGCCGGACCACCUCAGAACGACCUCGAUAGCCGCGCUACGGCUCAAAGCCAAGGAACACGUCGAGAACAUAUCCAAAGGCCUCCAAAUGGUUUAGAGUUCGUUUUCGGCUUACGCGACAAUCCUGUACAUA